GGGGAGCAAACUUGCUGACGUGUGUUUCCUUACACAAUCUGCAAUAUGGGGAAGGAAGAUUCAGAUAACGGAAAGUACAAGACCAUAGAGGAAAAGCCAGUGAAGAUCGACAAGUGGGACACAGCUGCCCUCAAAAAUGCCCUUGACGAUGGGGCCAAGAAGGUGAUGCUAGAGACAUAUGGGUUCACAGAGAGCCAUGCCCUGACUGAUGGACGUCUGCUCAUAUGCACGAUCGCCGUGGGGUUUGCAAUGUUUGCGCUCAUCUGGGACUACCUUAGACCAUUUCCUGAAUCUCGCCCUGUCCUCAUCAUGUGUGUCUUGUCCUACUUCUUCCUGAUGGGAGUGCUCACGUUGUACAUGACAUACAAGGAAAAGGGUAUUUUCCUUGUCGCCCUUGAAAAGGACAAGGCAAAGGUCGACCCUGACAACCGAUGGGAACUCGCCUCAACCCUCAGAAAAUAUGAUGACCAGUACACGCUGUCGAUGACGUAUACAGACACUGCUUCCAAGAAGACGCGUUCAAGUCAGAUAACCAAGUCGGUUGCAAGUUUCUUCGAUGAAAACGGCGUUCUUUGCAUGGACUUGUAUCAGCCCGAAGUAAAGAUGUUGAAAAACAAUGUGUCAGUCAGCAAGAAAGAAUAGCCAAGACUAGUUUAUAGAAUAUCCUGUGAGCCUUAAUCUGUGAAAAUAGGUCGUAUUGCAUGCGCAUAAAGGGUCAUCCCAGAUUAGCCUGUGCAGUCUGCAAAGAUUAAUCAGGAACAAGGUUUUACACUUGUAUUGUAUUUUUCAUAUAAAGGAAUUGUCUUCUUAGCAAAAACCCAGUGUAGGCAGAAAGUGUUGUCCCUGAUUAGCCUGUGUGGACUGCACAGUGUAGGCAGAAAGUGUUGUCCCUGAUUAGCCUGUGUGGACUGCACAGUCUUAUCUGAGGGGACACUUUACGCACAUGCAUUAAGCCCCGUCUUCACAGAGUGAGACUCAUGUAUUCUCCAUUUUAACGGUCAUUCAAUUAUAUUGCCUUUUUUCUUUUCGAUCUAGUUUUGUGUCUGUGUUCUGUGUCAUCAAAAAUUUGGUCCUGUUUAUCAGCUAUGAUUUUGUAAAUUCCAAUUAAACAGAAAAAGCUGUGUUACUAACAUUUGAUGUUCUCAUUUUUAGGCAGCAUUCUGCUAAUGAUUUUAACAUAUAGCAAGUCAAUAUUAAUCAUGUUCAUACCCCCAAAAAGGGAUAUUCUAUGUUUGUUCAUAAAAGUUGACAAACGACACACUAUUUCACUUAUAUGCAGUUUUUAUUACUUUGUGUUAUUUUGGUAUAUGGAUGUGAAACGUUCCCAAUGCUUGGAAAUUUUUAUAUUUUAUCCCAAAUUAAAGUGUGACAAUUCCUAAACUUUGAACUAACAAGAAAUGUAAAACAACACAAACAUGCAGAAAAGAUUGACAUUGUGUACAGUACCUAUUUUAACUGUUCACCAAACAACAUAACAGUUUGUAUAUUGUUAUUAACCAGGUUUUCCGAAGGAAAAAACUGGUUAUUAGAUUGGCGAAUGCGGGCGGGCGGGCUGGCUGGCGGGCUGGCGGGCUGGCGGAAUAAGCUUGUCCGGGCCAUAACUAUGUCGUUCAUUGUUAGAUUUUAAAAUCAUUUGGCACAUUUGUUCACCAUCAUUGGACGGUGUGUCGCGCGAAAUAAUUACGUCGAUAUCUCCAAGGUCAAGGUCACACUUUGAGUUCAAAGGUCAAAAAUGGCCAUAAAUGAGCUUGUCCGAGCCAUAACUAUGUCGUUCAUCGUCAGAUUUUAAAAUCAUUUGGCACAUUUGUUCACCAUCAUUGGACGGUGUGUCGCGCGAAAUAAUUACGUCGAUAUCUCCAAGGUCAAGGUCACACUUUGAGUUCAAAGGUCAAAAAUGGCCAUAAAUGAGCUUGUCCUGGCCAUAACUAUGUCAUUCAUUGUGAGAUUUUAAAAUCAUUUGGCACAUUUGUUCACCAUCAUGGGACGGUGUGUCCCACGAAAGAAUCACGUCAAUAUCUCCAAUGUCAAGGUCGCCACGACUAAAAAUAGAUUUAAAAAAAAAAAAAAAACUUACAAAGGGGGUUAAUUUUUUUUGGUCAUUUCAAAAGUUCAGUUCGAGUUUUCUCCCUUUAUCAGAUUUUUUUUUCACAAUGAAAACCUGGUUUUGUGACAAUUUUGUCCCUUGUUUAUUAUAUAAAACCAUGAUAGUGUGUUUUUUAAUGCUUAUUAUACAGUUCAACUUGUUUCACCAAUUUAUCUACCUUUACCAGUUCCAUUCCUCAAGUAGGGACAAUUAAACAAUGCCAUGGACAUAAAUGGAGGAUUUGUAAGUGUAUGCAUGAAUGUGUACUUCAUCAAGCAAGACGUUGAUGAACAUAAAAAAUGCUGAAUUAGUGGAGUUAUUCCAUUUUUUAUUGUCACUGUGUGUAUAUCUGUUGUCAACUCUACGCAGAUAAAUAGUAUGAUAUUU